AUGCCUAGACCAUGCGAGCCGCCUAGUCCUGUAGCGGCUCCUACCAUCCGCCCUCCACCUGUCGCUCCCUACUGCCAUUGUGACGCGCACUCAUAUUCACCGCGAGUGGAACAAUACAAGCAAUUGCUUGAAAAAGAACAAAAACUGUGCCAAGACUAUGAGCUAUUAAGGAAACAGAUGGUGGAUGUCUCCAAUGACAUACUAGAUCACCCAUGUGAUGACCUCGACAGCAAGAUGAUCACCAUGUACCAAGCAACUUAUAAAAAAAGAUCCUUCCCAGUAUCAGACUACAGAACUAUAGUCGCAGCGUCCCAAUCCAAUGCUCCUAUACCUAUGGAGAGCAACAAGCUCGGAAUCCUCCGAUGCUACAAAGAUCCCACCCACUUCACAGACAAUCCACCUACCGUCAGACCUACAAUUAACCCACCAGGUCCAGUCCAUACGGGGGUGACCCCAAAAUCAGUACAAUCCUGGUUCGUAGAAUUUCCUGGGAGAACAGAGUAUAUGGAUACAUACAGUGCUUCUGCUAAGGCCUGCUGGAGAUCAAUGCAGAGGUAUAAGGAACCUAUGCCAUCUACCAGACGUAGAGCUGACGAUACAUGUGUGUGA